AUGGCACUUGAACCAGUAGUAAUUAGUCUUCGCAGAGCAACAUCAGAUAAAUCCUGGGGAUUUGUAUUACAAGGUGGUGUUGAUCAAGGCUUGCCAGUAUUUGUCCAUAAAGUUACACGUAAUGGAAUAGCUCAUAAGUCUGGACUCGAACCUGGAGAUGUAAUAUUGAAAAUAUGCGCAACUCCGAUCACUGGGAUGAUACAUGCCCAAGUGAAAGCUGAAAUUUUAAGAGCUGGUAACGAUUUGGAUUUUAUGGUUAAAAAACGUGAUUUCAAUGUAGUUGCAUAUAAUCAAACAAUGCAACAAAUUGCUGCUUCUAAUCGGCCAAUUGAUGUCGCUUCAAAUUCACCUGAACCACGUGCUGAAAUAGUUGAAGAACAUUUAUGGCGACAUGGUGGUCCAACAUUUAAAAAUGUUCAACCAAAAUCAUAUAAAAUCCUUGAACAACAAUUACCGCAAUCAAGUGUGGGAGCUAACAAUUAUGAUAUAACAGGUCCUGCACCGGGUUCUGUAUUCGAUCGUAGUAUGGAUGAACGAUCACCAUAUUUACAAGCUACUGAGCAAACUAUUCAAAAAGCUUAUGGCGAGUCCUAAGUCUACAAAUUACCAGCUAAAUACACAUUUUCUUUUCUCAUUGUUCCAAUUAAACAUACUGUGCCAUAAUCACCUGUCUUUAUAAUAUAUUCAUUCAUCUGCUUGAUGUAUUUAGAUAUUAAACUUUCUAUUUAUAUUAAAUUAUUACUAACACUAUUACUGAUGGCAUUACAUCAUAUAAUAAACCAUAUUACCUGCACCUUUUCCCCCUAUUUCCCUUUCUGUUUAUCUUUCUGUUCCCCAAUCUAUUAACUAUCUAAAUAAAUUAAAUAGUCUCUACUAUGAAAGAUUAACAUCUUUACAAAACAGAUAGAGAUGAAUACCCUUAAAAAGGAAAUACAAAUAAUUAAUUUUCCUUCUACUUUAUUUUUUAUACCUUAAUCUUAUUUGCUCUUUCAGUCUUCCUGCCUACACUAUAAAAAGAAAACUAACUAAAGUUUCCUAGCUUAACGCCUGUUUUAAUAAAGGUAAUCGUUUUAAUAUUGGAUAAAUUGUAUUCGAAAUGUAUGUUCUUUAGUAAAAUGCAAUACUUUACCAUGUAUGAUAUUAGACAAACAAUAAAAUUGUAAGAAUUAAUUAUUCUGGGAUGGAUUCCUUGGAAAAAAGGUAAACUAUGCCAGUAAAUAUAGUUAUUAUCAUUAGAUAAUAAGUUAUGUUUUUUUUUUCUAACCUUUCACUAGUUAAUUUUAGAGACCAAUUCUUUUAACUUUAUAUUAUCAUUGAUAGCGGAAAGGAAAGAUUAUUCAUAAGUGAAUAGAAUCUACACUAAUAGAAUGUUCAUCAAAUCCUCAUGAAACAAUGGAACAGUUUUACCCAGUGUUUCUUGGUUUUCGAUAGUACUUGAAUUGUAGACUGUUUACACUCUUGACAAGUCUUAUUUUUAACUAGAAUAGUAGAAUUAUCGUGAAAUAAGAAAACAUUUUAUCUCGUAUCUCUGUCUAAUGGAGACUCUGAGAUUAUGGUCGAAUUAUGCUCAAUAAGUCAAACAAUCAACAAUGUGUUAUGUACUUCUAUUUAACAUGACUUAUAUAUCAUCAGUCAGUCUUAAAAUUCUAAAUCUGACAUUGACUGGCUUUCUGUGCUUAACAUUUGUGCUUCGAAAUAAGUUUCUUUAUCCUGAAUCAUAUAUCUGAUUAAUAAUGACUUUAAUUUACCUAGGAUUACAUCAUGAUCAGAAGAACAUAAGUUCCACAUUAAAGAACUAGCAUUUAUAUAGACUCAUUUACUUUAGAUAUUACUUCAUAUUUCUUGUUUUAUCUUGAUUUUUGUUGCGUUUAAUCUUUGAUAACAACAACAAAUUGCUGCCACUGUAGUUUUAAACCCAUUAUAUUAGAAUAAAUUUGGUAUACACUCG